CACCCCGACAUGUACGAGCGAGCCGUGCUGAGAAAAGACCACCAGAAGAAGUACGGAGCCACGGUGGAUCUGUGGAGCAUCGGAGUGACGUUUUAUCACGCCGCCACGGGCAGCCUCCCGUUCAGACCGUUCGAAGGGCCGCGCAGGAACAAAGAAGUGAUGUAUAAAAUCAUCACGGAGAAACCGUCCGGGACGAUCUCCGGACAUCAGAAGUGUGAGAACGGGAAGAUCGAGUGGAGCACGGAGAUGCCGGUGUCCUGCAGUCUGUCCAA